UCUCUCUCUCUCUACUUAUAAGAUGAUUGAAAAUAAGAGGGUUAGCUGAUUAGGGAUACCUGUAUCUCUGAUAUUACUCAACUGCAUACCCUAUAUAUUCCUUCCAUUACUUUGCAACAUCUUCAAGACCUACAGCCUCGAUUCAUCUCUCUCUCUCUCUCUCUAUAUAGGCACUGCCAUUAGUGCACAUUGUGAAUGUAAUUAUAAGUGCACAAACGGAAGUACAAGAAAUACACGCACAUUGAUAAGUACUAAAUAUAGAAGUCAAUUAGUUGAUGUCAAGAAUGAGUACUGAAUCUCAUAUAUCAUCACAACCUCAGCAGCCCCAAAAUCUUGCAGAACCCACCAAUAAAAUCAAGAGAAUUCGAAGCACCGCCAUCGCCGGCGGCGCAGCCAGUAACCACCCGGUGUACCGCGGCGUCCGAAUGCGCAGCUGGGGCAAAUGGGUGUCUGAAAUCCGGGAGCCCCGCAAGAAAUCCCGUAUAUGGCUUGGCACUUUUCCUACACCAGAAAUGGCAGCCAGGGCUCAUGAUGUAGCAGCCUUAAGCAUCAAAGGCAACUCAGCAAUCCUGAACUUCCCUGAACUUGCCUCUGUACUACCGCGGCCGGUGUCGCUCCGCCCACGUGACGUUCAAGAAGCCGCUGCAAAAGCAGCAGCCAUGGAAAAAUUUGACUUAUCACCACCAUCUUCGUCAACUACUACAUCUUCACUUUGCUCCUUUUCAUCGCCUGAUUCUGGUGUAGAUUUGUCAACCAGUUCAGAAGAUUUGUGUGAAAUAACUGAAUUGCCAAGUCUGGGAUCAUAUUUUGACUCUCUAGAACUGAAGAAUGAUGCUGUGUUUUUUGACAACUCAGUUGAUUACGGGUGGUUGGAUCCUCCUCCUCCACCGCUUCCAUGGCUAAGCAGUGGUGCCGAUGAUGGCGGUGGAAUUUUUGAAUCUCUACUGUGGAAUUAUUGAGUGAGUGUACGUCUAUUAGAGAAUUUUAGCCCUUUCCAUUUUUCACAUAAGGGCUAUAAACUUUUCUUUCCUCCUCCAACCUUACCUUGUCUGUUUGCCCAUGUACAGUGUACAUCUUCAAUAAAUCUAUAUGUACAGUGUAGGCGUCGUAAAGUCCAUCAAA